AUGGUCAAGCCCGAUCCCGACGGCCCGGCCGCCGAGACAACACUUCCGGCCCGGCAACGGAAGUGGCACCCUCGAGUCUUUACCGGCUGUGUCAACUGCCGCCGCCGACACGUCAAGUGCGACGAGCGGACCCCCUCGUGCACAAACUGCACCCGCCUGAACCUGCCCUGCAACUUCGACCGCCGCUUCGUCUUCAAGGCCGUCCCUUCGCCCUCGGGCUCCAAGCGAAGGCCGUCGUCAUCUGCCGAGCAACAAGCCUCGUCGGCCAGUUCCACCUCGGCCUCGCCUUGCAGCAACGAGGACCCCAUCGAAGACGAUGCCGUUGUCGUGGCGCAGGACCGGCCGCCCACGCCGGGCCAGGCCAGGCCCUCUGCUGCCGCCGCAGCCGUCGCACUCGCCCGUCCUGGAGCGGCGGCGUCUCCCCUCGGCUUCGACUUCGCCGUGUCCGGCAGCAUGGUCUCGACCAGCUCCGCCUGGGGCGUUGAGUCGUCCUUCGACCUCGCCCGGCCCGACCCGGCUGCGCAUAUUGACUGCAACGAGACGCUCUACUACCAUCACUUCCUUAGCACCGUUUCCACAUAUCUCAUCAUCUACGACACGCCCGCCAACGCCAACCCAUACCGCAUACUGCCCCAGCUCGUUGGCAACUCGGGCCUGCUCCAGGACACCAUGAAGGCCCUCGGCGCCAUGCACCUGUCGGGCCUCCGCCACGUGCAGGACCAGCGCAUCCACCGCAGCGCGGCCAUGAAGGCGUACGGUAGCGUCGUCACAAGGCUCCGAGAUGCCGUUUCGUCGGGCCACCAGGCCAACCUAGAGCUCCUGGCGACGAGCCUGCUCCUGUGCAUGUUCGAGAAGAUGUCCUCGACCGACGACUCGUGGAAGAUCCACUUGUUGGGGGCCGGACAAAUCUUCCAGUCCAUGUACAGCCCGCGCACGACCCUGCCCAACAGCGACGGCGCCGACGGCCUCGGCGUCGCCGCCAACCUGCCGCUCCGGCGCUUCCUCGUCUCCGUCAUGUCCUACCUCGAUGUCGCCGCCGCCUGCGCCACCGGCGGCGGCGCCCUCAUCCCGGGCGACUACUGGGAGACGCUGGGCGGCGGGUGGGAAUACAACCUAGGGGUCCCCAGCUUUGCCGAGACGCGCAGCUCGGCCGACCGGACCAUGGCCCAGCUGCGCAGCGCGUGGUCCCGCGUCAUGUCCAUCCAGACGGACAUCAGCAAGUUUGUCAAGCUGCUGCAGUCAGGGGUAGACGGCCGGCAAAGGAAGAUUUUCCACGACGACAUUGAUCAUCGCAUAAAGAACUGGCACAAGAGUGCCCCGGACAUGUUCCUGCGACUCGAGGGCAUGGACGCGAUACCCGAAGGCGCCCCAGAGGAGGAGGUGGAGGCUCUGACGGCGACAGCAUGCAUUCAGUGCUACGCCCUGGCCUGCACUGUCUAUCUUGAGAGGGUCUCCACGAGGAGAAUCGGGAGCGCGGCCUUUGACCCGGAGAUCAAGAAGAUCGUGGACAGGAUCGUGACACUCAUCCUCACCUUUUCUAGGGGCAUCAAUCGGCUGGCGAUACUCUGGCCCUUUCUCACGGCAGGCAUCGCCACGGUGGAAGUAGAGCAGCAACGCUUGCUGCGCGAGUGGUUAUUGGGAAUGAAGAGCUUUGGCUUCAAGCAUGUUUGUCGCGUCUUGGACACUCUCGAGUACUCGUGGGAACAGAUGAGGCAGUACGGCGGGCUAAACUAUGACGAAUUUGAGGUUAUGAUAUCUUCCAACUUGGUUCCUUGA